AUGGGUGUGCGAUUGGACUCGAGAUGUAGUGUCGUUGUGGGUGAGAUAGUCUUCGAAGUCGUACCACGAUGGCGUGUGGAUAGGCUUCGUUUUUCGAUUCGAAGAUUUGGUGAAAGAAUGGGAGCAAUAACCACACAUAUAGAGACCGGCUACCUUCUUAAUAUCUUUGAUAUUGAAGGCAUGCUGCUCAAACAUUCCAAUGGUCAUCGUGUCAGGAUAGUGGGCGGGUUGUCGUGUCCAUGGCUGCUCAGUCGGCUGAUUGGUCUUGGGUAUAUCGAGGCAUUGCUCAUUGUAGAAGGAUGUAGUGAGCUCUGUGGCUUUGGUGGUGCUGCGUUCUGCUCGCACCCUUUGGUAAUGGCUUGUGAAUGUUUGUAUAAGGGAACGAAUAUACCCAGGGUAUAUUCUGUUGCUAUGGCAGUGGGUGGAUUAUCGAUAGUCGUAGAAAAUCUUAUAAAACUACUCACUUAUGCAAAGAAGAACACGAGAAUUGUGGUUGGCAUAGAUAACUUAGUACUGAUCACAGAGUCGUGGGUACCCAGUGGUGUGAGCGACUUAUAUGGUUGUAUGAGAUUUAGUAGUAUUGAGUUAGAGAGUAAACUAAGCACAGCGCAAUGCGAGUUAGAGCGGCUGGCUAAAGCUAAGAAAAAACAGGUUGAUGAACUAAUGCAUGUGAUCACUACUCUUCGACUGGAAAAAGAGACACUGAGAGUGAAAUGUAAUGAAUUUGAGAAAACUGUCGAUAAAGGUAAGGAAUUGCACGACAAAGCUACUAAAUUGCUUGGCAAAGAACGAACUGAAGUAAAAAACCACAGAGAUCAACUGAAGCAGAAGCAAGAAGAAUUAGAAUUUCAGGCUAAGAAGACAGACGACGCAGAGAAACUUGCAAUAUCAUUGCAAACACAACUUGAAGAAGCUAAGCGACAGAAGGAAGUAGCUCUACAUGAAAUGGAAGGGAGACUGCAAGGCAGUGUGAAGGAGGUUGAAAGUCUUACGCAGGAAAUAGAAAAUCUAAACAAUGAACGCUUAGCUUUAAAAAAGGCAGAGAGCCGGGUAGUAAACAUGUCUGAAGAGAAACGGCGAUUAGAAAAGGAAACUAACCAGUUACACAGACGUUUGGAGGAAGAGCAGACGAAAACUGCUGAAAAGGAGACUCUGGCUCAACAGUUGACGUCACAGUUGAGGUUAGGUGAAGAGAAAGUACUUGUAUCUGAUGAAGAGUUGAGAAAAAUGGAAACUGAACUACAUAAAUGCAGAGAGAAGUUGACGACACUUGAACAAGGAAGUUACUCAAAACGCAAAUUAGAAACUAGCAAGGCAGUGCUUGAAACGAAGCUGCAGGAGAAGGAGUCUAAAGAACAAGCGCAAGAGAAUGAUUUUGAAACUACGAAGAAACAAGCGUUAAAUAUUCGUGCUUACGAGGAAAUACGUGACCGUUGCAGAAGAUAUCGCAUUGAGCGAAACGAGGCAAGAGAUGAGCUUGUGAAAUUGGGAAAUCUAAGCAAACGCCCAUCAUCACCAAUGCCAACACGAAAAGGUGCAGGUUUGAUGGAAACUACAAAGAAACAAGCGUUAAAUGCUUAUGCUUACCAGGAAAUACGUGACCGUUGCAGAAGAUAUCGCAUUGAGCGAAACGAGGCAAGAGAUGAGCUUGUGAAAUUGGGAAAACUAAGCAAGCGCCCAUCAUCACCAAUGCCAACACGAAAAGGUGCAGGUUUGAUGGAUACUAAUCACAAGUCACAGCAAAAGUUGGAAGGUUCUUCAGCUAGACAUGUACAGGUCACUAGAGCAACAGAUAGUGAGGAUCGGGACAUGAGACAUCCUACAGUAUUACCUACGCAGUAUGCAAAUUAUAGAUCUGUAGUUCCAGUGACUUCUAGUGGUAACGCAAAUCAUGUUGAUGGUUGUUCAUCUCGUAAACACCCAAAUGCUACUACCUCAUUACCCGUCAAUCAACCAGGAGUUUUGUCAGUUAGUACGUUGACUCCAGUCUCUCAGUUAUCUCAUUGUAAUAAUAAGCACGACAUAACUAUCAAUUCUACAGUAUUUCUUCUUAACCAAUUUGGACAACCUGAGUUUGGUGAGGUUGCUUAUUUGGGGAAGACAUGUGGUGAUGUUUUUCCACAAGAGUACGUUGGUGUAGUCUUUGACUUACCAGUUGGAAACAUAGGUGGAAGUGACGGAAGUUGCCCAUACUUUAAAUGUGCACCUAAUCAUGGCAAGCUGGUUCCUGCAGAGCUAGUCACAUCUACGAAAGAGGUUGAUGUCUAGACUCAAGGUUGUAACUGUCUGAUUUACAAGGGUGUUAUUACUAGUAGUUUGUUUAGAAUGAAUUUUUUGUUGACAAAUUGUGUAUGAUGUCCAAGAUAUUUGUUUUCAAUGUA